AUGAUUAAUCCUCACAACGUCUUAAAAGUAUUAUCUAACCUGACAUCAGAUAAAUUAUUCCGUUAUUCACCAUCUUCAAUCAAUUCUGAAGAAGAACAUGUUGCAUCAAAUUUCUAUAAAUGUUUGGAGUCCAUUCUGGAAAGUACUUAUCAUACAUUUGAAACGGAAAAUACAUUGGACCAUGACGAUGAAUUAGAUGAUGAAGAUAUAAAGGAUUCCUUACCAUCGACAUCCACAGACGAGCAUCUUGAUCCAAUCAAAGAUACUGAUUAUGAACCAAUUGAUGAAUAUAAUUUACAAAAUCAUUUCUCACUUGAUUACAUGAAACGUGUGGUUGAUUAUUAUGGCGAAAUAAAUCCAAUCACAGGUAAACGAAAAAGAAAAUGGCAAACUGUAAAACAUCGCUUUCAACGUGUACCUAAUCCACAAUGCAUUGCUAGCUUUCGUAAGUAUAUAGAAGCAGGUGGUACAAAAAAACAAAAAAUGGAUGAUGUCGAUAUCUAUGUUUAUGAUCAAUUCGAACAUGCUCGACAUAAUUUUUUAUCGGUUCAUGAUAUUGACUUACGAAGAUGGGGUCUUAAAAAGGCUCACGAAUUACAUUUAAAAGAUUUUCAAGCUAGCGAAGGUUGGUUAUGGAAUUUUAAAUAUCGACAUGGAAUAUGUAGUCGAAGAAUAACGAAAUUGGUCACAAAAAAGGUUGUUGAAAACCAGGAAGAAAUUAAUCAAUCGGCAAAACAUUUCGUUUUGGAAACAAAUAAAAUCAUAGAAGGAUAUAGUCCAAAUCAAGUACUGAACACAGAUCAGAUAGAUAUUGAGUUGGAGCCUCAUGGCAAUAGAACAUUAACCUAUAGUGGAGAAAAAUCUACUUGGGGUUCUGUUCGAUCACUUGGUGCUGCAACUCAUACCUAUACUAUACAACCAACAAUAACAAUGGAUGGAUCUGUUCUUAAUCCAUUAUAUAUGUGCUUAAAAGAGCCAUCAGGACGUAUUGGUGAUAAUGUGAAAAAGAACUUGUUCCAUGCAAAAAACAUUGUACUUACUUGUUCUAAAAGUGGUAAAUUAACAUCGUCACUACCCAGGCGAGCAAAAAAUAAGGGGUGA